UUAGUUCUAUAAUUCACAUAGAUUGAAAAAGACGGGAGUAAAAUAUGGGUCCGUUUUUCACCGCGAUUUUAACUUUAGCAUUUUUUAGACAGGCAAAUGCUUUUAUUGACAAAAAUGUUUACCAAUGUUUGGUAGAUUACAAUCUUACAUCAGUUGCUGGACUUAUUCGUGAUGCAAAACUUGAGUCAACGCUUACAAGCUCAACUGGAGGACCGUUCACGAUUAUGGCGCCUACAAACGCUGCAGUUGCAGCUAUCGAUCCUGACACGAUGGCUUCAGUGAUAAAAAGUUCUGUCCUUCUUCAACAGAUUGUGAAAUAUCACAUCAUAAACAAGUAUGAAGUUAUCCCAGCUCUUAUCAGUGCGGGCUCUGUUGAAACUAUGGAAGGACAAUCGAUCACAGUCACUAGUCAACCUUCCGGCAUCCGUUUAAACAAUGCAUCUACUGUUUUAAAAGACAACGGUGACAUCAUAUGUAACAAUGGCAUUAUACACGUCAUAGAUACAGUACUUAUUCCACCUGUAUUCAGCACUCAUAAUUUGGCUGCAGUCCUCCUAGAGAGGGAUGAUAUCUUUAGAGAGUUCUUCUUGUAUGCUUUGCUAUCAAAUUUUACUCAUCUUAUUGAAAAUGGAGAAUACACUUUAUUUGCACCAACAGACCUUGCCUUUGGAAGAUAUUCUCAUUUAAAUGACAUACACAGAGAUACACCAAAUGCCGGAAAAAUAUAUCUAGAGAUUUUGAAGUAUCAUAUCGUUCCUGGUGCAAGAAUGAGUAACAUGCUAUCUGACGGACAAAUACUGUACACAUUACACGGAUCCCCUAUUACUAUACAUUUAAACAAUGGCGGUGUCAAGGUAGAUGAUGCUAACGUGGUUGAGGCAAAUAUUCCGGGCAGCAAUGGUGUUAUUCAUGCUAUUGACCAUGUUCUCUUCCCAGCAGAUCUUCUUCCAAAUCUGCAAGGAUAAUGCUUUUAAUACAUUUCAUAAAACCUUAUAA